ACUUCUGCAGCUGCCGACAUCGUUUUCGCCGCGCAAACACAGGCAAGCCUCUGCCGAAUUUUGUACAUCGAGCGACAACGACAACGAGCGCGUAACGAGAGGCACACGUCGCGGAUUCAUCACUGACGUGUCGCGUGGUGUCGUGAUCGCCAGACACGCACAACCGCGACCAAGCACUCCGUCUUCUUCUUCAAUCACCUGCGCGUAUAGAUGUCCUCCCCAUCGUUGACAUUGCCGCCCGGCUGGGUCUCAGAAUGGGAUCCGACGAACCAGCGAUAUAUGUUCAUAGAGACCGCUACAGGCCGUACGCAGUGGGAGGUGCCUGAACUUAACCCGGAAUUGGGCGAUAUACCGCCCUCCAUGUCUCCCCCACCAUCUUACUUGCAUCAUCAUACCAAGCGUCGCCAAUAUGCUGCAGGCCAGACACAAGCUUACUACAACACAGACGGGCUUUCCGCUGGCGGGACAACGUAUAGUGCUGCAGCCACGCAGCCCCAGCCCGCCCAGCUCUUUACACCUGGCCUCGCCGCAGAGGGCCAGUUCCAACAACAGCAGCAACAGCAGCAGCAGAUGCAGUCAGCGCAAGGAGGCUAUUUUGCUCCUGCAGGGGAGCCCGAGUACGUCAAUGCGCCUGGAUUCGGACAAACACAGGCCCCGGCGGUGGGCGCGCUGGCGGACCAGUUCAGCGCGAUGAACGUGAACGGAGGCCAGAAGCGACCUCAGCUGUUCACGAUCAACCUGCUCACCGCACCGCCCGAUCCUACCGACCUGCAUCGCCCGCCUCCCGAGAUUUGCCUUCCUGCCAAUGCGUGCAUCUCGCCCUCUCCUUACGCGAAUGCCGACUCGUCCUAUCAGCGCUGCACACUCAACGCGAUCCCUGUGUCCAACUCUAUCCUUGGCAAGUCCAAGAUCCCUCUGGCGCUAAUCCUCACGCCCUACAGGAGUCUCAAGGAGGGAGAUCCGCCUGUUCCGCUCGUUACCGACACCGUCAUCGCGCGCUGCCGUCGGUGCAGAACAUACAUCAACCCGUACGUGCAGUUCAUUGACGGGGGCAACCGCUGGCGUUGCUGCAUGUGCAAUAUGUCGAAUGAGGUCCCUCAGCUCUUUGACUGGGACCAGGUGAGGAACCAGCCUGGGGACCGCUGGGCUCGUGCCGAACUCAAUCAUGGUGUCGUCGAAUUCGUCGCGCCGACCGAAUAUAUGGUUCGCCCACCCCAGCCCGCGGUAUACGUCUUCCUUAUCGACGUCAGUCACUCGGCCGUGCAGUCGGGCAUGGUCGCGACCGCGACGCGCACGCUGUUGGAGAACCUCGACCGGAUCCCCAACGAGGAUGCACGUACGAAAGUGGCCAUCAUCGCAUUUGACGUGUCGCUGUAUUUCUUCUCCAUGCCGCCGGGAAUCACUGAUUCGACGAUGCUGGUGGUGUCAGAUAUCGACGAUGUCUUCCUACCCAAGCCGACCGACCUUCUCGUGAACCUCGCGGAAGCGCGAGCCUCGCUGGAGUCGCUCCUCGGUAGGCUUGGCGAUAUGUUCCAGGACAAUCACAUGAUAGGCAGUGCGCUCGGACCUGCGCUGCAGGCCGGCUUCAAGCUGAUGGCUCCAAUCGGCGGUAAAAUCAUGGUUCUGUCUUCCAGCUUGCCAUCUUUAGGCGCUGGUGCCCUGAAGAACAGGGAAGAUCCAAAAAUUCUCGGCACGUCCAAGGAAUCCGGCCUUCUGCAAGCAGCUUCCCCCUUCUACAAGACAUUUGCGAUCGAAUGCUCGCGCGCGCAGGUAUCGGUUGACAUGUUCCUCUUUGGUAACUCGUACCAGGAUCUUGCAACACUCGCGUGUCUCCCACAUUACACGUCCGGGCAAACGUACUUUUACCCUGCAUUCAAUGCGUCUCGCACCGAGGACGCGAUCAAGUUCGCACACGAGUUUGGCGAGGUGCUCGCAAUGCCGAUUAUGCUCGAGGCUGUCAUGCGUGUGCGCGCAUCGAAAAAUCUACGUAUGUCGUCCUUCCACGGCAACUUCUUCGUGCGGUCGACGGACCUGCUUGCCAUGCCCGCGGUGCCGCAAGAUCAGUCGUACGCAAUUGAGAUCACCAUCGAGGACAACAUCACAUCACCAUUUGUUGUCUUCCAAACCGCUGUGCUGCACACCACAUGCUAUGGCGAGCGCCGCAUUCGCGUCGUGACGACCGCAUAUUCAACAACGAACAGCCUUUCAGAGGUGUUCGCGUCCGCGGAUCAGGUUGCAAUCGCGACGCUGCUCGCGAACAAGGCCGUCGAGCGCUCGAUCACGCACAAACUUGAAGAUGCGCGCGACGCGCUGUUUGCGAAGAUGGUGGAGAUCCUGCAGGCGUACAAGGCGAGCAUGACGACUGCGGGCCAGGGCGCGAGCGCGCAGCUGGCGACCUCGGAGAACAUGAAGAUGCUGCCGGUGCUGGUGCUGGGAUUGCUGAAGAACGUUGGCAUUCGACAAAGUGCUCAGAUACCGCCCGAUCUCAGGGCAUAUGCGCAGGCGUUGCUCACGUCACUGCCGUCGCAACUGCUCAUUCCAUACGUCUAUCCGAAUUUCUACUCCUUGCACAACAUGCCUCCUGAGUGUGGUACAGUUGGCGAGCAGGGCGUAAUCAUGCCGCCUCCAUUGCCGCUGACGUCAGAGAGACUCGAGAGGCACGGGUUGUUCCUCAUCGAGGAUGGUCAGACCCUCUUCUUGUGGGUUGGCCGCGAUGCUGUCCCUCAACUUAUCACGGACGUGUUCAAUUUGCCAAGCUACGAGACCUUGCGUGGCGGGAAGUACACGCUGCCUGUGCUAGAGAACAAUUUCUCCGAGCGCGUGAAUGCCAUCAUCCAGAAAACGCGGGAAAUGCGCCGCGGCGUGUACUAUCCGCACCUAUAUGUGGUCAAGGAGGACGGAGAGCCGCCGCUGCGCUUGUGGGCUCUGAGCUGCCUCAUCCAGGACCGCUCGGACACGCUGCCAAGCUACCAGCAGUACAUCUCGCAGCUGAGAGACAAAGUCAACGGUUCCAGCUAUUAAGAGGACUUCCUAAUCUUUUAAACGGUGUUUGCUCUCUGUGUUCUCUUUGUAUUUCAAUUGCAUUUGCCCAGCAAGAUCGGUACUGCUGCCUGCUGAGGAAGUCGCUGAGAACCACAACGCGCCUUCGCCUAGCAUAAUGUAGAUGCAGACAGGUGUUGAAAGAAAAUAAUCUCAUCUCCGGUUGAUUCUCCACACUCGCUUCUGUCUCUGCUACCGCUACAGCCUGUACAACAUUUUCG